AUGCCGUUCAAGUCAUCCGCAUCGGCAGACGGCCCCGUUUGCUGCCUGUGCGGCGGUAACAGGCACGGCGAGCCGCCUCCUGACGUAGUCCGACGAAUCACGUAUCACGACAGAUCUUCCCGCCCAAGAGAGUCAUCGAGUGCAGCGGGAGCUUCCCGAAUUCCGAUUUCGGGAAAAGCGCGGAGCGGCGGAGACCGCGGACGCGCGGAAGGGCGGGGCGAGCAGGAGGAUGGCGGAGGAAGCGGCGGAAAGGGGGCAGCUAAGGGAGCGGGGAGGGACCACGCGGUGGAGGGGGAGAUGCGCGAGAUGCGGUGGCCGCCAAUGCGGCCGGAUCCGCACUUCGCGGACGUGCGCGCGUGGCUGGGUCCGCUGCUGGGGCCGGUGGCAGAGAGGAGCGGCGCUGCUGGCGCGUGGGUGCACCGCGAAUGCGCCAUCUGGAGCCCCGAGGUGUUUUUCUGUGCGGUGAAUCAGCUGAAGAAUGUGCCUGCUGCGGUGCGGCGGGGACGGCUGCUCAAGUGCAGCCGGUGCGGCCGCAGCGGCGCCAACAUCGGGUGCCGCGAGGAGCGGUGCCCACACACGUACCACCUGGUGAGAUGGAAGGAGGGUGGGGAGAUGGGAAAUAGCAUCGGAGGGGGAGGCUACUCAAGUGCAGGCGGUGUGGUCGCAGCGGGGCCAACAUUGGGUGCCGGGAGGAGCAGUGCCGCCUUGCCCUGUGCGCGCUACGACGACUGUUUCUUUGACCACAACGAUUUUCUCAUCUCCUGCCCGCUCCACACUCGCUCCCUCAUGCUCCGCCGCCACGGCUCCCACCUGCUCGAGUUCAACGCCUUUUUCGGGCAGCCCGCGGGCAGGCUGUCCGGGCAGAUGGUGGAACUUUUAUCGGCUGCCCGCGCAGCUGCCCGGAGGGAUGAGGAGGCCGAGGCGCAGUGGGAGGAGGGGAUGGGGAGUGAGGAGGAUGAUGAGGAUGAGGAGUUUCAGACAAAGGAGAGGAGGAGGAGAGUGAGGGACCUAGCUAGGGUUGAGCUGGUUCGGCUUGGGGGAGGGGUGACGUGGCGUGGGGCUGCCAGCGGUGCUGCCACAUCACUGGCCACGUCAGCAGGUGGUGCUCGUUAUCCAGUGACUGGGCUUGAGAGGCCGGCUGGGGUUGAACCUGGGGGAGAGGGAAGGGGGGAUGGAGGGGGAGGGCGGAGGGGGGACGGAAGGGGAGCAGGGAGAGAAGAACAAGGGGGGAAGAAGGAAGGAAGUGGUGCUAGAAUGCCAAUCCAAACUGGCAGUGCCUGGGAAAACUUUGACUGUGACAAAGCUGAUUGUGACAAUGUCGAGUGUGAGAAUGAGAGUAAGCCACUAGGGGAACAGUCACAGAGAGCAGCGCACAGCAUGUUAAAUCCAGUGGCAAUGCCUGGCAGUGGCGGUGAUGGUGGUGGUGCUGACGUGGCAGCGUCUGGUUGGGUGAUGGUGCGGUUUGGGGGGGCGGACGCGGGGGGAGUGGGGGGAGGGGAGGGGGAAGCGGGGGAGGAAUUGGAGGCUGUGAUUGGCCCUGAGACUCCGCUGGAGGUGCUGUUAGGGUCAAGGGGGGUUGGGGAGGCUGGUCGAGGGGAGGGGGGAAUUCGGGAGGAGGGAGUGAGGGAGGGGAAUGUGGUGGAAGGGGGGGUGGAGGAGGGGGAUGAGGAGCUGGGCAGAGGAGGGAAAGCAGCGGAGGAGGGGAGGAAGAGAGGAAGAGAGGGAAGGGACGAAGGACGAGAGGGAAGAAAGGGAGCAGCGGAGCUACUACAGGGCUUGAGUCCCGAGAUGUGCCUGAGGGGUCGGGCUGUUGAGGUGGCAACAGGUGGCGUGAGCGGCGAGCGGGUGAAUGCAGGGGUGUGUGACGGAGUGAGUGAUGGAGUGAGUGAGGGAGUGAGUGAGGGAGUGGGGAAAGGAGCGAGGGAGGAGGUGGGUGGGGCAACAGAUCGGUGGAUUGAGGGUGAUGGGGAGGGGGAGACGGCAGAAAAGCGGGCGAGGAAUACACCGGAUUCAGAGGUGCUGGUUGAAGGGGCAAGAGACACUCCAGGAGCAGCAUUGGGAGCUGCUGUUGCGAUUUGUCAAAAGCAGGCAAGGGUUACAACAGAGCCCGAGGUGCUGGUUGGAAGGAAAAGGGACCCUGCAGAAGCAGUGGAAGCUGGGGGGGAUGGUUCUGGCGGCCUACGCCCAGUCAUCCGCUCCCUCACAGAGCUCGUCCUCCUCCCCCUGCGCUACCCCUCCCUCUUCCCAUCCCUCGGCAUCACACCCCCCCGCGGCGUGCUCUUGCACGGGCUCCCCGGGACAGGUAAGACCCUGGUGGUGCGGGCGUUGGCAGGGGCGUGUGCGAGGGGGGAGCGAGAGGUGGCGUUUUUCGCGCGGCACGGCGCGGAUUGCCUCGGGAAGUACGUGGGAGACGCGGAGAAGCAUCUACGGCUGCUGUUUGAAGUGGCGAAGCAACGUCAGCCGUCUAUUAUCUUCUUUGAUGAGCUAGAUGGGCUCGCACCGGCUAGGGGGCCGAAUCAGGACCCCACUCAUAGCUCUGUAGUGGCUACGCUUCUGGCCUUGUUAGAUGGGUUGGAUUCUAGGGGUGCGGUUACCGUUAUUGCGGCCACCAAUAGGAUUGAUGCGAUUGAUCCUGCCCUGCGCCGCCCGGGCAGGUUUGACCGCGAGAUUUUCUUUCCGCUGCCCGGAUUUGCGGGCCGGAAGGCGAUUUUGAGGGCAAUAACAGGGGGGUGGGGGGCGGGGGUGGCACCUUCCAGGAAGGUUCUGGAGGAGCUAGCGAAGAGGAGUGAGGGUUUUGCAGGGGCAGAUCUUCGGGCAGUUUGCAGUGAUGCGCUUAUGGCUGCCCUGAGAAAAACGUUUCCCAUGGACAAGGCUUUGGCUCUUGAUGUGCUGCCCGUGAGUGAAACUUCCGGUUUUGGGCAGCCCCAGCUGCCCGGAGCAGCAGCAUCUUCUUGUCCACGUGGCACAGGCUCAUUGGUGCCAGCGAGGAUGUCUCGUCUGCCUAUCCCUGAGAUCCACUUGGAGGCCUGUGAUUGGCUGGAUGCACUGCAGCGGGCACAAGUGCCCUGUGCCCUCCGAACGGCCGCAGCCAGCUUCGGCAAGUUAGGGGCAGGUGAUGAGGAGGAGUGGGUGGUGGGACGGGCCUUGGAGAUGCUUGGAUGGGUGGAGAGAGGAGAGGAGAGAGGCAUGCCGGGCAAGGAUGGGGAUAUGGAGGACGGGGGAGAGAGAGUGGGAGGGGGGGAGGAGGGGGGAAAGGAGGGGGAGGAAGGAGAGGAGGGGAAGGAUGGGGAGGAGGAGGGAGAGAAGGGGGAGGUGGGAGAGGAGGAGGGGGAGGGGGAAGAGAGGGAGGAGGAGGAUGAGGACAGUGGUUUACCGUUUGGGCUGUGGCAGUGGGAGCAGCAAGCAGGGGGGACAAAGCAGGGGCAGGGACAGGGGCAGGAACAGCUGAGACAGGGGCAGGGGCAGGGGCAGAGGGUGGUGGUGUGUGGGAGGGGCGAGCAGGGGCAGGCGCAUGUGGGUGCAAUAGCAGCCAAGCUUCUCAGCCCCGGAGGUACACAGUCAUUUGCAGAGGCGUGCAGAGCGGUGCAGCUGGAUAGGAAGGGAUUCCCGAGUGGAGAGCGGUGCAGAGGGGCUAGGAAGGGGAGGGUGGGGUGUGGGAGGAGGGGAGGAGGGGAGGGGGCGGUGGUGGUGGUGGAUGUACCUGCUAUGGUGCUGCUGGGGCAUGGAGACAUGGCAGCAGGCAUGCGUGCUCUCAUAGGUGCGUUGAAGGGGAAUGCUUGUGUCACUUCUGGGGAUUCUCAAGAGGGGGCGGUGGUGGUGGUGGAUGUACCUGCUAUGGUGCUGCUGGGGCAUGGAGACAUGGCAGCAGGCAUGCGUGCUCUCAUAGGUGCGUUGAAGGGGAAUGCUUGUGUCACUUCUGGGGAUUCUCAAGAGGGGGCGGUGGUGGUGGUGGAUGUACCUGCUAUGGUGCUGCUGGGGCAUGGAGACAUGGCAGCAGGCAUGCGUGCUCUCAUAGGUGCGUUGAAGGGGAAUGCUUGUGUCACUUCUGGGGAUUCUCAAGAGGGGGCGGUGGUGGUGGUGGAUGUACCUGCUAUGGUGCUGCUGGGGCAUGGGGACAUGGCUGCCGGCAUGCGCGCACUCAUAGAGCAAGCGAGGUCCAUGGUGCCCUGUGUGCUGCUGCUGCCACGUGUCAACACAUGGGUGGUGCAGGGGUGGAAGGAUGGGAGAGGCGUGGGAGUGGAUGGGGAGGAGGAGGAUGAGGAGGAGGAGGGAGGGGUGGAGGGGGAGAGGUUGGAGGAGGAGGAAGGAGGAGGGGGGCGAGCCACCUCAGAGGUCCCUCUCUCUGCCCUCCCAUCGCCGGUGCAACGAUUCUUCCUGCCCCCCUCCUCCUCUCCCCUCUCCCCGUCACCCCCCUCCUCCUCUCCGCUCUCCCCCUCGCCGUCCUCCCCCUCUGCCCUCUCCUCUCCUCCCUUCUUCCGUCCCUCGCCUCAUCACUCCCCGCGUCCCUCCCCUCCUCCGUCAACCGAACCGUCUCCUCUAACCGGCCUUGGGUCAAAGGCGAGUGGACAGAGCUUGGUGAAUGCGAGUGGGAGUGGCCGUGCAGUGCUGACUCUCCCCUCUCUCCCCUCCUGCUGCUUGCAACAGUCUCUUGUGGUGGGUGGUGGUGGGGGCAGUGGCAGGGGAGGAGGAGGAGGAGGGGCAGGAGUGGAACGAGAAGCAGGAGAUGGGGGGAAUGUUGAGGGAGACGGGGAUGAAGGCACGGGGGCAAGUGAUAUGUGGGGGAAGAAAUGCCUUGGGGUUGGAACGGCGGAAGAGGACGAAGAGGAGGGGGGUGGAGGAGGCGGAGGAGAAGGAGGAGGCGGGAGAAGGCGGGAGAUGGGGGAUGGGGGGGGUCAGCAGGAAGAGGAGAUUGCAGCAGGCGGGACAGGUGGCGCGCUCUCAUUGGCCGGGAGGUGGAGGGCGGCAGUGGGCAUGGCUGCUCGGCAGCUGGCAUGGGAAGUGUGGGAAGCGGUGGAAAGCGGUGCUGGGGGAGACGGGUUGGUAGGGGGAAGGGGCUUGAAGGGUAAUGGGAAGAGGGGGGAGAACGGGGAAGGAGGACGGUGGGAAGAGGAGGGAAGGAGAGCUGGGAAGAGAAGGAGAGUGGAAGGAAGGGGUGGAGAUGGGGUGGGUGGUGAUGGGGUGGGUGGUGAUGGGAAUGGGAUGAGAGGGAGGGAGGCAGAGGGGCAAAUUAACAUUCCUGAGGAGGAGCAGUGGGAGCAGCAGAGGAAGCAGCAAGCUCAACCACAGCAGCAGCAGGGGGAGGGCUGUGAGCAGCAGCAGCACGCACAGGCUGUGUGGCGAACAGAGGCAGAGCGGCGGCUGCUGGGAGGGCUGGCCUGUAUUGGUGGUCGUCGUCACUCGUUAGGCGGUCAAAGAAAAGGAGAGGGAGGAAGAAAGAGAGGAGGCGAGGGAGGAGGAAGACGAGGAGGGGAAGGAGGAAUGCAAAGAGGAGGGGAAUUGGGAAGAGGAGGAGAGGUCCGGGGAUUAGCAGCGGUAGCAAUGAGGCUGGUGCAUGGGGUGGUGCGUAGUCCGGGGGGGAUGCAGCAGCAGAUACAGAGGGUCUGCGACCUGGCUCUAGAGGCUGUGAGGCGUGAUGUUGCGAGAGUGACAAGGUGGGGCGUGGGUUUUGAGUCGACUCAAAAGACACCUGAAUCCCACGGGCAUCAUCACUAUCAGACCCCCGAGCACUAUCAAACCCCCGAGCAGCAGCGGUGGAGUGUGGAGCAUGUGUGGGCGGUGCAGCGCGCGUGUCACAUGGAGCAGCAAGUGAGAGCGCUACAAGACACAGUGGCAGCAUGGGUGCACCUUAUGGGUCCCCUGCUCGCUGCUGCUGCUGCCUCCACUGCCCACCUGCCUCCUCCUCCUCCUCCUCCUCCUCCUCCCCUUCCCUUCUUCCCGCGCGCUGGUGAGCCUCGUGUGUCGCACCGGCCCCCUGUCGCGUCAGAGAGAUCGCACGCCCGGCGAUUCUCGUGCUCCUACCAGCACCGGCAGGAGUGGAAGGAUAAGCAGCACACGUACCCUCCUGCGCCUGUUGCUGCUGCUGGCGCAGCUGCUGCUGUGGCGGCCGAUCGACCCUUUGCUUUCCCCUCACCCUUCCUCGCCUUCCCAUCCCCCUCUGCACCUAGCCUCCUUCCCAACGCCUCACCCCCUUCCGCCAUUCCUCCCUCUUCAGCCCUCUCCAGCCCAGCUCUCCUUCUCCCUCCCGUGUCCACUCCUGGCAACUACCCCCUCGUUCUCGCUCUCCCUGCGCCGUUUCCUCUGCCCUUCCCUCCCUCCGCAGCCUCUCUCUCUCCCCCACCCAUCUCCACGCCCCAACUCUUCUCCACACCUCCACCCUUCUCUGAACCAGCACCCAUCUCCACACCCCACGGGGAGGUGAAUCACUCUGAACCUACUGUAACCGCACCAUUCUCUUUCAAUCCCCCAGUGCAAGCUGCUCCCACUGCUGCUGCUGUCACUGCUGCUCCUGCUGCCGCCGCCGCUGCUCCUUCUCCUGAUUCUGUUGGUGCUUCUGCUCCUGCAGUUCGUUCUGCUGCUCCUGUGGCUCCUCCUGCGGCUGCUCCUGCUACCACUUCUCCUCCUCCUCCUCCUCCUCCUGCUCCUGCUGCGGCUGUUCCAGCACGUGGGCUCUCUGCUGCGGCACCCCCUCUGGUGACGGGCCUUGCAGUCCUUCCAGUGAUAGGUGCCCCCUCUGCUGCUCGUUCCGCUGCUGCUGCUGCUGCUCCUCCUGCUGCUGCUGCUCUAGCAGGUGGGAAAUCUGCUGCAGCGCCUCUUAUCACAGGCCUAGAUGUGCUGAGACGACCUGGCCCUGGGUGGGGAGGGGGAGUAUGGGGUGGGAAGGAGAACGAUGGGCUUGGUGGGAGUGGGGGAGAAGGGAGAGAAGGGAAGGAAAAGGGAGAAGGGAGAGAAGUGAGAGAAAUGGGUGAAAGGAGAGAUGGGAAUGAAGAGGGGGCGAGAGAUGGGAGAGAUGAGAGAGAAGGGAGAGAAUGGGGAGAAGGGAGAGAAGGGAUCAAAGGGAGAGACGGGAGAGAAGAAGGAGGAGUUGGGAUUGGUGGUGCUGGGUCGAGGCGAGGAGGAGGGGCAGGGGAAUUAAGUGGAGAGGGAGGAGGAGAGAGUGGAGAGAGAGGAGGAGAGAGUGGUACAGCAGUGGCUGUUUAUCCAGAGGGAGGAGGAGAGGUGGUACUUGAGUCCACCCACCAGUUGGCAGCAGUGGCGUUUGAGUCAAGACAGCAGUCAGCAAUGAGUGCAGCAGCAGGUGCUGCCGCCACUCACUGCACCGAGGAGUUAAGUUUUGAGGCGCUUCAGAAGGAGGAGGGGGGAGGUGGUGUGGCAGGCAGAGGUGCUGAAAGGGGAGGUGACGCAGCGAGAGGGAGCAGGGAGAGUGAGGAUGAAGACGGGGAUGGGGAUGAGGAUAGGAAUGGGGACCGGACAGGCACAGGCAAUGAAGGGCGAUGUGGGCGUGCAGAUGCAGCGGAGGACAGCCAUGCGGAGAGAGAAGAGAGGGAGCAGGAGGCGGAGGAGGAGGAUAAAGAGGGGGAUGAGAAGGCACGUGAAGCAGGCAAGCGGCAGGCGAAGGAAAACGAGGAGGGGGAUGAGGAUGCGGAGGGCAUGAGGGAGCAGGAGGGGGGGGUGGCUGGAAGAGCAGUGCAAGAGACAAGGGGCGAAGGGGAUAGCCGGACGGUGGGUAAAGGCAGUGGUGGGGACGACAGUGAGGGUGUCCCUCCUCAUCGCAGUGGGGAUCGCAUGGGUGCUGUCACUCACACACCUCUCAACCGCAAGGCACCCUCCAGCACCGCUCCGUCCCGCUGCCCUGUCCGCCCCCCACCGGCGUGCUUCCACUUGCUCCUCGCUGCUCUCGAGCUCUGCUUCUCCCACCUGCUGCUGCUACACCCCACUCUCCCCACACAUAGCCCCCUGCUGCAGCAGCAGCAGCGCCACCAUCAGGAGCACCAGCAGCAGCAGCAGCACCCUUUGUACAGUCACACACUCACAGACACUGACACUCACAUGUGCGGUCAUCAUCAAGCCCUCCUGUCCACGUCACCUGGUCGUGCAGCUGCACCAAUCACGUGCGGCCAGCUGGAGCGGGCGGUGCGCCAACUGGCGAGCAUGGCCACAGCUGCUGUGAGGCAAGUGCGGUGCAGUCAUACCUCGUUUGCUGCCACUGAUGUUGAUGCUAGUGGUGGUGCUGCUGCUAGUGGUGGUGCGGCUGCGUCCGCUGCUGUUGUUGCUGCUGCUAAUGGUGCUGGUGGUGGUGGUGCUGCUGCUGCUGCGUCUGGUCCUGCUACAGUUUCAUGUGUGCAUGGAGGUGACGAUGGUGGGCUGUGCUUGAAGCAUGUUGCACAUGCCAUACAGCAGCGCAUGGUGUUGCUGAUGUCAGAAUUUCACAACGCCGCAGGAAAUCAUGAUGCUAUUGAAGCUGAUGGCAGUGAUGGCUCAUGA